ACCAAACCCUAACAUGUAAAUGACUUACCUUCAAACAACGGUUUCCCAUACCCUUUCCCUUCCACCUCUCAAACAUCUCAACCUCACUCUCCAUCUACCAUUGAAGUAGAAGCAAAGAAACCCAAACAAAUACGCAUCAAAAACCCUCUGCGCUUUUCUUUUGUUUUCACAUUCUAGCUAGCUGCUAUCUACCUCAACAUGACAUCCUAUAUGGAAUCCCUUCUUCAACAGCCUGCUUCUUUUGAUCACGAAAAUCCUGACCAGCAGGAAAUUACUUCAGUAGAUGACAACCAUAGUACUAACAAUGACGCCAAAGUUGAUACAUCGCGUGCAUUCCGUUCCGUGAAAGAAGCAGUGGCAACUUUCGAUGAACGCCUUCUAGCCGGAGUAUUUUUUUCGUCAUCACCAAAGCCGCAAACGGUAAUUAAUACUAAUUUUAAAAACCAAGAAGCACAACCGUCUAAAGCUUCUAUACUGCCAUCUUCACCUCCACCUCCACCACAACUUCCAUUAGUCUUAACUACAUCAAGCAGUAUCGGUCCUGUUAAGCAAAAACCUAAAGAAGAUGACAAUUCUACCGUGAAAAACAUGUUGAAGAAACUAGAAAUCGAAUUGGAAGAAACAAAACGCGAACUCAAUUUACUCAAAGAGAGAGAAUCGGAGACGGAAAUAGCUUUAGCCACAUUAAAUGCCGAGCUCCAUAAGAACAUGGCAAAGAUGGCGGAAGCCGAAGCUGUUGCUGCCGGAGAGAAAGCAGCACUUGGGUCCAAAAGAAGUACUCAAUUAUGUAUAGGAGGAAGAGGAGGAGAUCACAAGUAUGAGGGUAGUAGUCAUGAAGAUGAUAUACGCGAGGAAAUAACGAAAAUGGAAAGGUAUUCGACAUCUCUGGCCGAAGUUUUGAGUUUGGGAGAGAAAGAAGGUUAUUUUGAUCAUUUUCAAGACAAGAAGACGCUAAAGAAGAAUAAAAUGGCAAGUAUCAAGAAGGAAAAACCUAUUAUUCCCCUUGUUGGAGAUUUUUUUUCAAGGAAGAAAAAAAACUCUUCUAAAAGCCUAAACAAACUAUAACAAGUAUGGAAAUAACAUAUUAUGCAAGUGUAAGAUACAUUAAGAUUGAUUUUGUGAUCAUGUGUGUUUGUCUGAAAAAUAAAUGUAUUCUUUCAGUGUUAAUUGCUCUUAAUAAAAAUUGUGAAAAAUAGAGGAAAAGAUAUUGUUAUCCUA